AUGUCUGUUGCUGAUAAGGUUUGCGAGCCAGCCUACUUGUCCCAUGCUCCAGUUUCUGGACUUCCCAAUAGUGUUCUAACCUCAGACUCUGCCACAGUGCAAAGGGCCUUUUGGUGUGUUAUAUUUGUGCUGGGCGUCAUCUUGGUGUUGAUUGGUGGGUUUGUCACAAUCUGUGCAACCCCAGGGACCAGACAUCGCCUUUAUGAGACUGAAGGUGCUCUCUUUAUAACUGGGGGCAUCUUACUCAUGUGUGUAGUGCUGUUGUUUGCUGUGUGGGUGCAGGUCUCAGACUCUUUAGAGCGGUACGGCCUCCAGCGCAGACGCUUAGUGUGCCCCAGUCUGCAGCUCAGUGUGCACUAUGGUCCGUCUUUUAUGCUGGCUCCCACUGCUGCCUUCCUCUGCCUGCUCACUGGCCUACUUCUCCUGCUCAUUCCAUCAGUCAGCAGAGAAUCAGCCAGGGACACAGAAAAUCAGCCAUUCUCACUGCGAGAGGAAUGUGUGUAGAGUUAUGUAUACAUGACAAUGAUUCUUUCCUAAUGUUCAAAGUAAUGUUUUCUGUCAUCAUUUGCUCCCCCUUAUUCUGCAUGUAUAGUUUUCUGCUC